AUGAGCAUAGACGCACAGCGGAUGCAAGAACUGCUCAAGACUGUCGAGGCCCGUCACGAAGAAUACCUACGCAGCCUCAGACAAUUAUACGAAAACGCCCCCCCUGCCAGCGCAGUCCCUCCACGCAUCGCGGCACCCACCACCACCGCAAAGCCCGCCUCCAUUGCAUCGGUGCCCUCACCACCACUGCGCGCCCUCACAUUUGCCAGCGACAUCCUUCCCAUCCGGGGACGCGGGCGUCGCUCCUCCACGCUCGAAGCCCCCGAGCGCCCAACCUUUCUGCCUCCGUCGCCGCGUCCCCUCCUCCCCGUGACGCCGAUCCCCAGCCAUGGCCUCUUUGACGAGGACAUUUCCUUUAUCCCGCUCCUCGAUCUCUCCCACGCCAGCAGCACCACUGGCGCCGCUACCACAGCCAGCAGCAAGCCACCCGCAGCCAGCACACGCACGGACAGGACGCUUCCCCCGGCGCGUUUCGCCGACGAUGCGUUUCUCGCGUUCCUGCGCGAUGCGACCUUCACCGAGGAGAUGGCGGCGGUGCUCGAGGAGAUGCUGCGGCGACGGCACGAGAUUGACUCGGCCGGCUCAGUGCGCGAGUUUGCGGCGUAUGAGAGGGAGCGCUACGUGAGCUCGACGUUUGAGGCGUACGAGGUUGACGAGGACGGCGCCGCGACGAAGAUGAGCAUCGACGCGGCAGCGGCAGCGGCAGCGGCGGCGGACGACGACCUCGCCAAGGGCCAGGCAGACGGCGACGGCGGCGGCGCGGCCGAUGAUGGGGUGAUUGAUGCGCCAAUUGUGUGGGAUGCGCUCAAGACGGUCAAUGCCAGCGGCGACGCCGUCGGUCGAAUCACCAUCGUGCAGGAGCCGACGCCGCUCAUGCUCGCGGCGCUGCAGCUCACCAUGACGCCGUACUUUGACAUGUCGGAGCUGACGUACCACCUCCUCUCCGACGUGCCCAACCGCGGGCUCUCGCACGCCUUUAUGCACCGCGCCUUUGAGCGCGGCCCCCCGCCGCAGCUCCGCCAGCGGUCCUUCUACAUGGUCUUCAAGUACUACACGUCCGUCGGCGACGGCCUCGCGCCCGCGCCGUGGCAAAGGUACGAGGCGCGGCCCUCGGACAAGAAGCUCGCCGACCACAUUGACAUUGCCGAGUGCAGCGCCGUGCUGGCCCUGUCGCUCGCCGGCGCGCCCGUCAAGUCGCUGCGGAUGCGCUCCCGCCGCUCGGAGCGCGCGUCCCGCGAGGGCGUCCUGUAUGACACCUUUGGGCCCUGGCACGUGCUGAGCAUCCAGUCGUUUCCGGACGACGAGCACACGGUCCGCGGGGAGGAGUUUGCGCAGCACAAGCGCUUCGUGAAUGGGCCGUACGCGUUCCUGGACCUGCUGACGGCCGAGUAUCGCGACGCGGGGAAGCGCAAUGUGAUUUUGCACGAAAAGAUUACCAAGCUCAUCACUCCUCCUACGGAAUUCAUGUUUGACCGCCGCCUCCGCGACAAGCUCCUCUUUGAAGACAAGCACUUUACCUACAUUCGCCGCUACUUUUGGGCCUACAACACGCUCGCCGUCAUCAACACCGGCCUCGCCGCCAUGGUCGCCGCCUACACAAACACCUUUACCCCCGAGUUCUGGUCUGGCACGCACCCGCUGCUCUGGCCGCACCCCUUCUUCACUGACCUACCCUCUUCCUCAUCCUCGCCCCCCGACGCAGCCACCGCCGCCGCUGCUAACCACCACCGGGAGACCAUGGCCGCGCUGCGCACCGAGCUCGAAAAGGCCGUGUCCGACAUCUCGGCCAUCAUCAAGCGCAACGAGCGCACGCGCAAGGAAAUCGAAAACCUGCGCGACCAGCUCUUCAGCGGCUCCUCCAUCAAGGAGUCGCGCCGCGCCAUCGACCAGGGCGACAACAUCCAGAUCCUGACCAUGAUCUCCAUGAUCUUCCUCCCCCUCACCUUUGUCACCUCGGUGUUCGGCAUCACCGAGUUCACCAUCUCCCCCACCGACUGGCGCUUCGCCGUCACCAUGGUGCUCGUGUGCGUGCCGUUCAUGGGCCUCGUCGUGCUGCUCCAGACCAACGGCUUCGCGGUGCUGGUGCGUCGCUGCAGAGAAGGCUUCGUGGCCGUGCUGGGCAGGGCGAGGAGCGGCGGUGGUGCUGAGGCGGGAGGGAGCGGGAUGAGUGCGGCGGCCGCGGCGGACGACGACGAGAGCAGGCCCGCGCAGGCGAGCAGCCAGACAAAGAGGCGCAAGAGGAGAAUGGCCGCGGGCGCGGGCGGACGAGUCUCGUGGCGCUGGAAGAGGCCGUGGAAAAACAGGACCAGGACGUUGUACGGCGACGAGAACCUCGAGUUUGGAAGGGUAUGA